UCUGGUGGUGGAUGCGUGGCAGCCGAGCACAGUAAUCGGCGACCGUCGCUAAUCACUGCGAGUUCACCGAGUUCACCGAGUCUCCCGCACCAAAAUAUCUUAGAAUUUAUCACGAAAACAUGAUCGGGUAACUUUGAUAGAACGGGUAAGGAAGGAGCUCACUCUCGAAGCACCAACACUCGAUGACGUCAUUCCACCAGCGGCAACAUGGAGCCCGAAACGCGAUAGGACGCGGGCUCGAGAGACUCGAGUUAGAUCGCGCUCGCUCCGAGCUAUCCCUCGAGCUAACCUCAAAUUGCUUGGUUGUUACUCGCGAAUACGCAAACCCUUCGAUCACCACCGGUUGACAACGACCAACUCCCGUACACCGACACCUCUCCUCUUCUCUCCUCACCGCACCUCACCGUCCCUCACCACUCCUCUCACCGCUUCUCUUUUUCUUUUCCUCUUACUCUUUCUCUCGAAGCUGUGCUGCGAGGCACACCGUUCGCGACUAAAAUCCGCUUCGCUCCGCUCCUUUUUCCACGUGAUUUCCAAACCGCUAACAGAGGGCAGUCGCGUGCGCACCCCCCACGACUGCGAUUCCUUCACUGCGGGAAACUAGAGAUUCGAAAUCGAAGCUGCGCAUUGUGCUACCUCCUCCGCUUCUCCUACAGAGGACGUCGUCGAAGCCGAAUAAAGCCGAUACGUCGAGUCGUGUUUCGUCGUCGGGAGUCGUGACGAAUCGUGCCGGGUCGUUUUUCGUCGUGUUACGUCGUGUCGUGUCGUGUCGCGUCGCUUCAACAACGCCACCGUCCUAUUUUUCCUAACCUCGCUUUCUCUUGUACACUAGUUUCUUUUUCACAAAUACGAUACGAAUUUACGUUAAAAUCGGAGAAUCUCGAAUCCUUUUUUUAUCGUUCGAAUACAAUUAUUCAGCCUAUAUUUGUGUGUCUCAAUUUGCAUUCGCGUUCAUGUUCGCAUUCGCGUUCAUGUUCGCAUUCGCGUUCACCUUGUACGCAAUUUUUUUGUAACUUUUACAGAACUUUCGUGUCUCUGAUUACCGACCAAACUAAACGCUCGAUUCGACUGGCUCGAAUCGACUUGUUCGCCCACUUUGCUUUCUGAAUGCGCGCGCGCGGCUACACGAUCGUGGCACGACGAAAAUAAUCGCUUCCUCGAUCGACCGUCGACCACGACCUUGUGCCAUUCCGUCGCGCGACGCGCUACUUCGUACUCAGUGAUACUCAGUUUCCAUCGUUUCGCGAAUAAUCGCACACACUCUGGAUAUAUAUAUAUAUAUAUAUAUAUAUUCAACCGGCCAGAUGCCGACAUCGCCUUAUGUCUCUCGGAUUAAUCAAAUCGACGCUGUUCAACUAGAUGAGGAAAUUUAUAAAGUGCUUAGAAAUCAAGCCAAGAAAAUUAGCAAGUAUCAAUCAAUAGAAAAAAUCGAUCGAUGGCAACCCGAAAUAGAUGCAAUUCUCAAAUACUUUAUAUGGAAUUUCUCGCUGCGCCAUGGAAAAUCAACCUUUGGUCAGCAACUGCUCAAUUUGCAUUACGAAAAUAUCAACAGCGCAAAAUCCGUUCUGUAUUUGAUUUCAAUGAUCGUGCCUGCGUACGUGCGAGAUAAAUUUAAAGGAAACAGUAAAAAUCGUAAUUUGAACAUCUUAUUCGAUCGUAUCGAGGAUAUCGUAAAAUUGCUCGAAUUUAUCAACUUGUUGAUCUUUCUGCAUCGAGGGACACAGCCUCGCAUUGUGGAAUAUAUCCUCGGAAUUGUAAACUCUUCUACAACAACUCACAAACCGAGAAAUAUCGGAUAUUCGUACAUGACAAGGGAAUUACUGUGGCACAGUUUAAUGGAAUUAUUUACUAUCGGUGUACCUAUGAUUAAUUUCCAUUAUAUAAAGCACGCAUUGAAGAGAUUGUUUACACGGUCAAAAUCCGCCAAUUUGUUACGUACUUUUCCAACUAUGAAUUUAUCUACCAAAUGUGCCUAUUGCGGCGAUACUCCUAUUUUACCUGUUCACGCUGGUUGCCAGCAUAUAUUUUGUUAUUAUUGCUUGAGCGCUCAUUUUACCGCAAUGAGUGAAUUCCAGUGUUUCGAAUGUGACGUAAGACUCUACGUUGGUAAUAUGAAAAUAUACGAACCGAAUGCAUUAUCUAUUUAACUUUUUGACCUUAUGUGUGUACAUACAUAUAUGUGUAUAUAUCUGUAUUUAUAUUACAUACAUUUGUACAAGCAUUGUGUUCCUUUUUUUUUAUUAAAAAUAGCAAUACAAAAUUUUUCUUGAUUUGCUUUGAUACAACAUUUCAAUUUAUUCGGCGUUUCCUUCGAAACGAAUCGAUAAUGGAUCAGGUAUACAAUACAUAUAUUCGUCGCCUAUCGGAAUAAUUGGAUUAUCGUAUAAAAAUAUCAUGCCGCUUUAUAGUAAAUCGUUUCUCGUUUCGUAAAUCCCGGCAACACGCAUUACGUAUAUCGAUCGUUGAUUUAUCUAUUAUCGUUUUACUUGCUUAAUGGGCGGGGACGUCCUUCUGGUUUUUUCUGGCAAUACUUGAAUGAACGCAAACGAAUCAAGCCAUUCAAGAGGAAAAUAAUGGACGAAAAAUUUUAACAACACAGAAUUAGAACUUUUAUUUAUUUUUUGCUUCAUUUUUUCUUUUCUUUUUUUUUUUCUUUUCUUUUCUUUCUUUUUUUUUUUUUUUCUUGAACAUCUCAAUUCGUUUGGGCUCUAACUCUCUUGUUGGAAUGUUUCUUUUUUUUUUUUCCUUUUCUUUUUUUUUCUCUCCCUCUUCGAUAAUACGUGCGUAUUUUGCGAGCAUGCGAUCGCCGUUCCAACGAUUCAAAAAAAAAUUUAUCAAAUUGCACGUAUCAAGGGAUGCUUAUAUAGCCACGCCUAUUUCAUUGUUUCGUCGAUUUAAAAAAAAGAAAAAAAAAUCUCGAGCGCGAUUUCAUUCUUGUACGACCUGAGAUAUUUACAUAGAUAUAUAAAUAAUUCUAACCGCAUCCCGCUAAUACUAAGUCUCUGUUAAAUCGUAGUAUCUCUUGACUUUUCCUUUCUUUUUUUUUUUUUUUUUAUAUAUAUAUAUAUAUAUACAUAUAUAUAGGCA